GGUGGGUGAAAAUGAAGCUAUGGCAACACACAAUGAGCAUUUUUGAAGUCAGAAAAAUGAGACCAAGUGCCAUUGGAACUUACAACAAGCAUAUUCUUUUUUCAUUAUAUUCAUGCUUAUUAUUUGCAUUUCGGCUUCUCGUAAAUUAAGUAAUUAACCAUUACCCACCAAACCAUGGGCAUGGCUGUGCUGCCUCUCCCAUAUUAUCCAUCACUCCCCUCAUCUCAACAAAAACCACUUCAAACCAAACCCAAUUCCAAGUCCAACACAAACACGUCCUUAAUAGUCCAAUGCUGCCACAACCAAACAGAACCCAUCAAACUAAACAGCAACGGCCAUGCCAGAUUUCCAGAGAAGAAUCCUCUCAUCAACUCUGCACCCUCCACCCCCUUCGUCCCACCCAGGCCUCGAAGAAUAAUCCUGGUUAGGCACGGAGAGAGCCAAGGAAACGUGGAUGAGAGCGUGUACACCAGAAUACCCGAUCCCAAGAUAGCCCUCACUGACAAAGGCAAGGCCCAAGCAGAGGAAUGUGGCCACAGAAUCAAGAAGAUGAUUGAGAAAGACGGUGACGAAAAUUGGCAAAUUUACUUCUAUGUAUCCCCAUACAGAAGGACCCUCGAAACGUUGCAGAGCCUCGCUCGUCCCUUUGAACGCUCCAGAAUCGCUGGCUUCAGAGAAGAGCCUCGCAUUCGAGAACAAGAUUUCGGGAAUUUUCAAAACAGAGAAAAGAUGCGAGUGGAAAAAGCGUUACGCAAGCUAUACGGUCGUUUCUUUUACAGAUUUCCAGAUGGAGAAUCGGCGGCUGAUGUAUAUGAUAGAAUCACAGGAUUCAGAGAAACGCUGAGAACAGACAUCAAUAUCGGACGGUAUCAGGCACCUGGGAAGAGGAGAACAGAGAUGAACUUGGUGAUCGUGUCGCACGGUCUAACACUGAGAGUAUUUCUGAUGAGGUGGUACAAGUGGACGGUUCAACAGUUCGAGGGUCUCACCAACUUGGGCAACGGAGAUAUGCUUGUCAUGGAAAAGGGUUAUGGUGGAAGGUAUAGCUUACUGGCGCAUCACCAAGAAGAAGAGUUAAGACGGUUUGGAUUGACUGAUGAAAUGCUAAUUGAUCAGGAGUGGCAAAAAUUUGCAAGUCCUGCUGAUCUAAAUUAUGAUUGUCCCAUGGUGAAUUCCUUCUUUCCCCACCUCAAUGAAGCAACAAGCAAAUGUGAACAAGGAGGGUGAUCCGAAAUUAAUGCAACCUGAGUCAUAUUCAACGGUUAAAUUACCACAUUGAGUAAAUUCUGUGAGCGUAAUGAUGAGUUGAAAAAGUUGUACCCAAAAAUAAAUAAAGGAAUAAGUAAAUGCUGAUGCCUAAUAGAUGGUUGGAUAGGAUUAAGUAGUUUGUUAGUUUCCUAGAAUGGCUAUUGUAUAGUAAUAUAGUUGGUAAAGCAAUGCUUGUUGGCUAAGUUGACUACAAAUAUCUACGCAAUUUCUCAGGUACUCCCAACAUUGAAACUAACAAAGAUUUCUUCCUCUCUGC